GGGCACAUGCGGUGUCAGGCAGUCGCCAUCAAGCAGCACGUAUAAUAUAGAAGGAAGUUAAAAAUUCGCAUAGGGAAAUAACUACAACAAAAUGUCGGACGACAAGGAAUCGCCGGAGCAGGAGCACGCUGAGGACUCAGUCGAGUCCCUCCAGCAGCCGCUGCUGACGCUGGACAGAAUCUUUAUGUUGUUGUUGUUCGCGUUGCUGUCCAUGCUGCUGGACUGGGUGCUGGAUCUGGUGGACGUUGAUAACAGCGAGCUGCUGGGCAUAGUCAUCUGGAUAGCGGCUGCUGGCGUCUUUCUUGGCAUGUCGUCGAAGAGGCUUCCAGCGGCCGGGAAGGCGGUCCUCAUCACCGGCUGCGACUCCGGCAUCGGCCUGCAGCUCGCGCAGUACCUCCAUAAGGGCGGGCUGCGGGUGUUUGCGCUGUGCCUGAUGGACGGCGAGGGCGCUAAGACCCUGAGGGCGCUGAAGAGCGAUCGUCUGCACGUCAUCCUGGGCGACGUGACGAAGCCUGAGGAGCUGAAGAAGGCGCGUACGACGGUGCAGGAGCUCCUACCUGAAGGAGAGGGCCUGUGGGGCGUGGUCAACAACGCGGGCAUUGCAGCGUUCGGGGACGUGGAGUGGCUGCCGCUGAGCACCUACAGGAAGAUCUACGAAGUGAACGUCGUGGGCACCAUAGCUGCCACGCAGGCCUUCCUGCCUCUCGUGCGCCGUGCUAAAGGCCGCAUCGUGAACGUGGCGAGCAUGCUGGGCCGCAUGGGCGUGCCUAUGCGGUCGCCUUACGUCGCGUCCAAGUUUGCGGUGGAGGGCCUCAGUGACUGCCUGAGUUGUUCAGGCACGAACAUCUUCACGGAGGAGAGCGUGCAGAAAAGCGCGGACGAGAUGUGGGCGAACAUGAGUGAAGAGGUGAAGAGCGACUACGGUGAAGAGCUAUUAGAAUUAAUUUUAAGCACGGACCUGACGCCUGUGCUGCAGGCGUUCGCUGGGGCGCUGCUGGACGCGGUGCCCCAGGCGCGCUACCAGCCCAUGGACCUCUACUACAAGACCAGGGUCUUCGUCGCCUCUCACUGCCCUGAAUGGCUCUACGAUAACAUCUACGUCGGCUGCCUUAAUAAAUAAAUAGAGUUUCUGCAGAACAACCUGCAAACUAUUCGUUCAGAUUGUCAUCUGUCACGUAGGAAAACAACUUUAGUGUACGACAACAUCUACGCCGAAUACCUAUAUAAUCUUGAUGACUCUUUAUCCUGGCGUAAAAUCUAUAUACGGGGCGGGUGAGUGCUGUACGCGGCGGGGUGAGUGCUAUACGCACUGGGUGGCCCAGUGGUUAAAGUUCAGAGUACCAAUAUUGGCGCAGAGAGG